UCGCUAGCGACCUCCCUCUCUCGAAGAUGCUUUUGUUUUACCUGUCAGCCACUCGGGAGAGGAGUCACUGAAACACAAGCACACACUUCAGUCCUGUGCACCCACCCAAGAAACAGGACUGUCAAAUUCUCUGCUCUUCCGUUCACCUGAAUCCAGAGGUGUGGCUUCCACAGCAGCUAACAGGGGCAAGGUGUUAAAAUGGCAAACCAACUCCGACUUCGAACGGACGACAUUACAUUUCCACUGGUGGAUUGGAGGAGGGACAGUGGUGAAACCUCCAGGAAUGCAUCCAAACAAAGCUGGCAACAUAUAAUGGUACCUCGGGAGGCAGAAGAAAGGAGACAAGCCUUAUCAAGCUAGUAAUGGUGGUGGUAGGCUGCAUUGCAGCAUGGUGCUUAGGCCUGUGGUUGGCUGAUUACAUGAUAGAUGGCUCCCUAAGCCAGACCUUUAGCAGAGUUCAGAAGCUGGUGCAGAAACCUACUCAUAAAGCUUCUUCCCAAAAGCAACAUAAAUGUGAUCACCAGAAAUCGUGCCCUAUAGGAACCUUUGCCUUUCUAGUGUUGAGUGGGGCUGAGAAAUCCAAACCUCCUAAAAUUUGUUUUGAAGACGAAAUACUCCUGGGUGAUGUCAAGAAUAACUUUGGCCAGGGCAUGAAUAUUGCCAUUGUGGAAGCCAAGACAGGAAAGCUUGUAGAUACUGGCAACUUUGAUCUGUGGGGAGGAGAUAAUUCAGAGCCAAUGAUUGACUUUGUUAAAAAAGCACCAGAUGGCUCCCUUAUCUUGAUGGCAACAUUUGGUGAGAGUUCUACCAGGCUGACAGAAGAAGCCAAGAAAUACAUUGAGGCGUUGGGCAGCGUAGAGGUACAGAAGUUGGCCUACCGAGGAAAUUGGGUCUUUCUUGGCACGAAAGGAUUCGGGCUACCAAAGAGCUUUCGGCGGGAGAAGAUUAUCAACAGUGAGAGCUGGCCGGCUGAAAUCCAGAUUGAUGGGUGUUUCUCACCAAAGACAGACUACCUGUAAAAGUUGCUCUUGGCCCUUCAGUGUGGUUCACAGCAUAGCUCAACUUCCCUGUCUCAUUACCUGGUUUAGAUGGACUACUGGGUUCAGAUGAGUUGGAUGAAAGCUGUCACUGGAUAUUAACAUCAGGGUUAACUGACCGAGCCAAAAAAAAGCUCCGUUCUGCAUACAAUCAAACAAAACUUAAAAGAAUUGAAAUCAAUCACAUGCAAAUGGUGUAAUUUUAAUUCAAUUUGUCGCUUGGGAAACAUGUGGGAUUGUGUGGAGCCCUGAUUUUCACAUCCAGGUCAAUAUUACACCCCACUGGAGAAGAGUAUAAAACCAGCGUUGUACUCAAUUCCGUCAAUGUUCCAGUGGAUGGGCCAGUUGUAAAAUUUCUGCCAGUUUCCUAGCUGCAUGAAUCAAGCAAGGGUCUGUGUUUCAGGUCAACUUCUUCACAGAGAAACUAACAAUUAAGAAAGCUGCCAGGCCCCAACUUUCACUAGGAUCUAAAGUUAAUGGUUGGAAUCCGUUUGACUCUUCUUCAGAGCUCUGAGGAAGAGUAAUAUGGACUCGAAACGUUAACUCUGUUUCUCUCUCCACAGAUGCUGCCAGAUCUGUUGAGUAUUUAAAGCGCUUUCUGCUUUUAUUUAAGAAUAAUGUCAUUCUGAAAAAGAAUAAUGGGAAUUGUAUCUAAUUUAAUGCAUAGCCUUUUGGAGAAGUAUAAACAAUGGAUGAAUGUGAA